GCAGCAUGCGAAGAUCAGCCAACAGUUUCACCCUUGCCGCUAGCCUUGAUGCAUUGGGAUGUGUGUGUCAUAUCUUCUUUACUAGAACUAUUUUCCUUCGUACUAUAUCACACUAUCACACGCCCAAAAAUUUAGUCAUAGGCUUGUCUUUUUUUGGCCCUCUUAGUUUUACCCUUACGCCCCUGGCUACCAAAUGCACGUCUUCAGUGCCGCUGUACGCGCCGGUCAAUCCCACCGAUAAUUGAUAGCUCCAAUACAUCUCGUGGUACUUAAGUUUAAAUGGUGAGUAAUGCUUUCCUCUUGAAAUUUUCGAUCUCUCAGAGAGAUAUGGACUCCACCUAGACAAAUACGUUCCAUAUGCGCUGUACGUAC